AGAAUUACGUUAGAGUCUGCGGUCGACCGCUUUUUGCGCUUCACUCCGAUCCCACCUUCGCAGGUUUGAUUUCUGCAAAAGAAAAGAAAACGGGUUUCUUAAAUAAAAUCUAGACUGGAAGUGGAACGGACACAUACAUUUGUAGCUGGGUGCCUGGAACAGGUUUACAGUUCUACUUUGAAGCAAACCAUAAAGAAUUUCAUUGUUCAAGAUGGAUCUGAGUGUAAUUUUGUUGACAGUACUCUCAUUAGGCAUGGGAAGUUAUGCUUUGAAAAUUACUGCACAGGAUUUCAGAGUGGGAGCCUUCAGUUUGAAAGUUUUUGGGCAGACAAAGAUAACAGAUCUAUCCAUUGUGGCUACAAUUGCCAGGGUCAUCAUGCGCUAUGACAUCAUCUUGCUACAAGGGAUCAUAGAUAGUGAGGGCACAGCAAUUGAUGAUCUUCUGAAAUUAGUUAAUAGUGUAGAAAGUGAUGAUCCAUAUUCAAUGAUUAUUAGUGAAGGCUUAGGUAGUUCUGAUACCAUGGAACAUUAUGCAUACUUGUACAGGAGUAGCAGAGCCAACUUGGUGAGAAGUUACAAAGACACAGGAGAUAGGUUUCAGAGAGAGCCAUAUAUUGCCAUAUUUGAAUCUCGUUACACAGCUGUGUCUCCAUUUGCCAUUGUUGGAAUCAAAACCACAUUGGAGGAAAUAAAUCUUCUGGCUGAUGUUGACAGUGAGCUGGAAGUCAAGAAUGUAAUCUUUGCUGGAGACUUCAACGCUAAUUGUGGCUAUGUAUCAAAUAAUCGAUGGAAAGAGGUGGAAUUACGUGAAAACCCGCGGUAUAAAUGGCUAAUAGAAGAUGAUGUGGAUACUACACCUUCUGAUACAGACUGUGCCUAUAGAUUUGUGAUAGCUGGUGCUGGUAUGGAAUCUUCUAUUCUCCCAUGUUCUGCUUCAAUCUUCAGAUUCGAUGUUGAAUAUAAUCUGACACAAGAACAGGUUGAGAUUGUUUGUGAUCACUAUCCUAUUGAGGUUUCUAUAUUACCAUCCCAGUUUAAGUAUAGUGAUCCUUCAUUGAACAUUGCAGCCUUCAAUAUUCAAAUCUUUGGAGUAACUAAAUCUGGUAAAGACAAUGUCAUGGAUAUUUUAGCUAAGAUUUUGAAUCGUUAUGACCUGAUCUUGAUCCAGGAGAUACGUGAUUCAAGGGCAAAUGAACCAGCAGUAAGAGAGCUUCAAGAUUUGGUCAACAGAAACAAUGAAGAUCCAUUCCAGUAUGUGAUCAGUGAGCGACUUGGAAGAUCAAGCAGUAAAGAGCAGUAUGCAUACUUUUACAGACCAAGUAAGCUGGAGCUCGUUACAAGUUAUGUGUUUGAAGAAACACAAGGAGAUGUAUUUCAGAGGGAGCCCUAUAUUGCUUACUUCAAAUCACCAACAACUUAUGUGAAGGAGUUUAUAAUAGGUGGUAUUCAUACAAAACCAGAUGAAGCAGUUGCAGAGAUAGACAACCUUGUUGAUGUUUACAGUGCCAUCCAAGAGAAGUAUGAAGUUGAGAAUGUCAUUUUUGCUGGAGAUUUCAAUGCUGACUGUUCGUAUGUGGCUAAGAAAAGAUGGUCUGAUAUUCGCCUGAAGAGUGAUUCUCGUUUCUGUUGGCUCAUAAACAAUGAUGUUGAUACUACAGUCAAGGGUACUGAUUGUGCUUAUGAUAGGUUUGUGAUAAGUGGCAAGGAGAUGAAGGAAGGAAUUGUACCCUAUUCAGCCAAAGUGUUCCGCUUUGAUCUGAUGUAUGAGCUCAAUCAAAGUGAGGCAGAACUUGUGAGUGAUCAUUAUCCAAUAGAGCUGCAGUUGCGAGCACUGACAGAUUCCUCUGGACUAGGACAUCAUCAGUACAUUGAAAGGAAACUUAUCGUGCUCCAGACAACAAUUAUCAUGGGCUUAUACCUUAUACAAGUUAGAUGAUAAGUGACAAGCAUUUUGCAUUAUCAAGUUAUGUUCAUAUGUCAUUGUUUACAGUACACCAAGUGUCUUUUGCAAGCAUUGUUCUCUUAUGGUUUUAUUUUUCUCGGUGUGCAUUUAUAUUUCCUUUUGAGCAAAGAUGAAAUCUGAAAUAGUUUUAAAAGUUGAAACAGUAAAGUUCUAAUAUAAGUGUUUAUUUAUGUUCUAAUUUGGCUGCAACACUUGAUAAUAAGAGUUGGCAAAAUUCUAACAUUAUUUGAAAGUUGAAAUAGAAAAUUAGAUUCAAUUUCAUUUUAUCGUCCACAGUGUGGAAAUUCAUUUGCUUACAUUUUUUUGUUUAUAUUCUUUGAUAAAAGUGUCUUUAUUUCUAUGUAGCAUUACCUCAGAGGAUGGUAUUAUCCCUUGUGUCAAUGAAAGGAUUGUGAUUUAAGCUCUAUAAAUUUUAUUUUGAGAACUUGUAAAUGCUCAUAAUAUAUAAAUAUGUCCAGUGUUGUGACUUCUGAUUUACACUUUAAUGCAAUCAAGUAUUGAUCCAAGGAAGUCCAUGAAUCCAAAUGUUUGUUUUCAAAAGUUAUCUCCAAAACAAUGGCUGAUUAUUUUUUGUUAAUAAUUCUGAAAAGCAAAUUAUGCAUUACUAAAUUACUGAAUUAUUUUUCAUGUAUAGUUUCUUAAUGCUUGGAAGCCAGGGAGAGUACAAAAAACCUGCUUUUGGCAAAAAGUAAACACCCUUAGCAGUCUAUCAUUCUAUGUAACUAUUAACCCCCUUUUUGUGUAGGAAUUUGCGAUGGCACAUGUAUAUGAUAUAUAAAUAAUGUGCUGAUUUGAAGCAAAUCUAAUAAAAUUGCAUAUGAAAUUGCAAAUAAUGUACUGAAUAUAAAAUCAAACUACCAAUUCAAUCAGAAUAUCAUCGUGAGUUUACGAUAGAGAUUUUGGUUUGUGAGGUUACAAACACCUUAAUUAUUCAAUGAUAACUUCAGAUGAGUAUAGAAAUUGAUAGUGUAUUGUACUAUAGUGAUAUAAAAGAAAGGAAUAAUAAUCAGUGUGUUUCUCUUUUCCUUUGAAAGCAUGACAAUGCUGCUCAUAACCAAUGUAUCAUGUUUGCUUUAAGCUAAGUGUAAAGAACUACUACCACAUGUGUAUAUAAUACCAAUUAAUUUUGAGAUUAAGAAGAAUAUUAAAGCAAGUAUGUUGUCAGUUAAAUCCUUGAUCUUGUUUAGUCACACACAAGAAAUAUGACAGGGAAAAAACUUUAAUAUUAAAUAAUAUCAUUCAGAUUAUCCAGUUAAAAACAGCAUAUCUUAAAAAGAAUCAUGUUUAAGAUUUUAUACAUCUGAUUUUUUUUUCAUAGCUUGGAUUCUCUUAUUGGUGAUGAAACCUGUUUAGAAGUACACAUUUAUAUAGAUCCACGACCAAGAAAGCAGUGUUCCAUUUUUUUUUUACUUGUACUACCUCAGGGAUGGAUUAAUGUUUCAUAGUUUUAUUUUCAUAGAUUUAAUUUUCUUCUUGCAAUUAUGAUGAUAAACCUUGCAAAUGCAACUCUUGGUUAUAUUUGUUUAAAUUUUGAAUGUAGUGUUUGUUGUAUUGUCUUUUAUUUUUAGUACUUCAUAAUUACCUUCUUAUUUACCUAUAAAAAACAUGAGUACUUACUGCAGUACUGUAAUCUACUGUUAAUAGGUAUUAGAAAAUGAAUCACAUACCUAACAUAUUUUGUAUUAUUGCUUUAAUAACCAAAAUUUAUGAGAAUUUAUCAAUAUGAAUUUAUUACAUUUUGUAUAUUGCAUUACCUCAUAGCAUUUCAAUCUUUUAUUUGUAUUAAUUUUGAAGAUGAAUCAUUGUGCUUGUGUAGUAAUGUUUAUUUGGUUGAAUUGGUCUAAUGCCAAUUCAUCUAAUUACCAAAUUGUCUACUAUAAUUUGGUCAAUCAAUUUGUCCACUAUCCACAUGAUAAUUGUUAUUUUGUCCACUCACCAUUUCAUCUAAUUACCAGUUGGUCCAAUAGCUCUUUUGUCCAUAAACCAUUUGGUCUAACUGGAAAAGUGUUAAUUGGGCUAAAUGAAUGGGGGAAAAAUGGGUAUUAGAUCAAGUGUUUAUUAGACGAAAUGGUAGUAGACGAACUGGUGAUUAGAGGAAGAGAUUUUUGGACCAGAUGAUUGUUUGCUAAACAAAAUUGGCAGUAGGCGAAUUGGCAAUUUAAUGUUUAUAUGUGUAUAUUUCACUCUUAUUCACUUACCUUUAAAAUUCUGAUUUGCAUCCGCAUUGCUAUCAAUCAUCUGAUAAUUGCAUUGGGGAACUUGAAAUUAGACACCAUUCGUAAUUUAUAUUGUUGCUUCAGAAAUGAAAGCUAAGGAAAAUUUGUUUUUCAUGAAUAUACCACAAUUUCAAUCAUUUAGAUAUGUAUAUUUCAACUUGAUUCAAGUACUAGUAGUUUUUAUUUUUAAAAAGUUUUGGGCUAUUUUGUCCUGAUUAUUGUGGAUCAUAUAUCUGCCAUCAUGAGUUUAAUUUUGAAAGCAGUAGAAUUAAAAGUUUCAUGUGACCACACAUCGUAGCAUUAGCAUCAACAUCAACUUUCAUCAACUUAUUCAUUCAAUUUAAGUUUUUAACAAUUGGUGAUGGAAUUUAUUCUCAUUAAUAUAAAAACUGUAGAAUUGUCAGCUUUGUUAGUGUAAGGUUUUUUCAUGUUUUUUUUUCAUUAGUCAUGAUAUGGGAUAUCAGAGGUGUAUUUAUUAUGAUAUAUAUGUUUAAUUGUUUUGUGUAUAAUAAUGUCUUUUUCUUCUUUCAAAUCUUCACAUAGUACAUACUCUUAUGGGAUGAUUUAGUGAUAAUUUGACUUUCAUAUUAUUUUGCACUGAUAACAAAAUAGCAUUGAUUUGCUUGUUGAACUGCAUACUAUAUAUUGUCUCACAACUUGAAAAAAAAAUAAAAUCAUAAUAGCCCUGAUAUCAUUAUCAGGCAUUUCAAUGUCCAGUGAUAUUUAUAGAAUGAAAAUAGCUCUAUAAUAAUGUUACCAUUCCAUAUCCAGUCUUACUCCUAACAUGUAGUGUUGAUAUGUAUACAUUGCUAUAUGUAAUUUUAUCACCUCUGAAAUAUUAUCCACUGUGUUUAUUUCUUUGAAAUAUUAUUUAUUAGAAAGAAAAAAUAUAAGAAGGCUACUGGUCUUUCAAAUAGCACGUUAUGCAAUGCAUCUAGAUGAAACAGAACUUAUCAAUGUCAGAUUCAUGUACAUGAAAUCUGGUAUAAAAAUAAAUAAUAAAUUUUCUUU